GCUAACCACUGCACCACCGUGCCCAUUACUAAUUACUUAGAAAUAAAUACAACAAAACAAAACUUUUCAUUCCAGGCUUUUCAAGGGCCCCGUUCUCAUUGGGGCCCUAGGAAACCAGUCCCCCCAUAGGAUGUCACUGCAAGUGUCUUACUAAUAAAAUGACCCCGCAGAUGACCUUUGACCCCAGUUCUGAACAUUUUGGCACCUCUCCAACGCUGCUCUGCCCUUCACAGUUAUGAUGCUCCUAUAGGGCAAACUGACCCCUGGAGAGAUCUUGGUGAUGAUGUGCACAACAAAACGGAGGAAGGUUCCUGUAUUUUCGUUAACUUUUCAUGAUUAAGUUGACAUUUUCCUAUUUGUAUAGCUCCCCGCCACCUGUCUAAUGAGCUGACAGUCUGUGUGAGGCAAAUAUUAAUUCAUGGAGACUAAUCAGUAAACCAGUCCUGGUGUUUGCAGUUGGAAUCUGGAAGAUUUACACUCGUCUCUAUGCCUGUCUGCGUCUCUGUCACAUCUUGUGCAGCCAAUCGUGGCUCAGCAGAGGAGCGACACACCUGUAUAAAAGCAGACUCAGACUCACUGAAUGGGGAUAAAGAGCGAGGACUCUCACAUGGAGCGUCAGGGCUGUGUUUGCGUCUAGCCUGUGCGCGCAGCGGAACGCCUGGUGCCAGUCCAGUUAAAGAUGGAUGACUUAUUCAACCACAGCGGAGGAGCUCUGAACAAAAGUUCACCUGGCGAUGAGAAAUUCAGUUUCGAAGACAUCGACGUGAGCGCAGACGGCACCUCCAUCCUGAGGAUCCUCAUUUCCGUGGUGUACUCUGUAGUUUGCGCGGUGGGUCUGGUGGGAAACCUGCUCGUCUUUUUCCUCACGAGGCUACGGCAAGGUCGGAAGAAGUCCACCAUCAAUUUUUUCAUCAUCAACUUGGCAGUGACGGACUUCCAGUUCGUGCUCACUCUGCCCUUCUGGGCCGUGGACACCGCGCUGGACUUCAGCUGGCCGUUUGGAGACUCCAUGUGUAAAAUCAUCCUCUCGGUCACCGUGAUGAACAUGUACGCCAGCGUGUUCUUCCUCACUGCCAUGAGUGUGACCCGCUACCUGUCUGUCGCCUCGGCCCUGAAGAAGAAAGCGUACAGGAGGUCCCGGUGCGUCAAGUGGGUGUGCGCGGUGCUGUGGGUGGCGGCGACAGUGGCCACAGCUCCCACAGCUAUCUUCUCCACCGUGACUGUGGUGGCCGGUGAAAAACUCUGCCUCCUCAAGUUUCCAGAGGGGCACGACUGGCUCGCCCUCUAUCACAUCCAGAAAAUAUUAAUAGCCUUCAUCAUACCCAUGCUCAUAGUCUGUGUUAACUACCUGAUGCUGCUGCGCUUCGUGAGGCGGAGGAGCAUGGACAGCAGCAACCCCAAACGGAGAUCUAGAGUCACCAAAUCUGUCGCUAUCGUGGUUUUGUCUUUCUUCUGCUGCUGGAUGCCAAAUCAUGCCAUCACCUUCUGGGGCGUUCUGGUCAAAUUUAACGCAGUUAACUGGGACAAGUCAUAUUACAUGGUGCACACGUAUGUGUUCCCUGUCACCGUGUGCUUGGCGCACGCGAACAGCUGCCUAAACCCGGUGCUUUACUGCCUGAUGAGGCCAGAGAUCAGGAAGAUGCUCAGCGCGUUGUUUUGGAGAGUGUCCACUCCAUCCUCAAAGAAGAGCUGCGCCACGCGCUCUUUUACGCACGGAGAAACCCAGGGAGUCGUGCCUCUCCAGAUUAUGAGCAAUGGGGAGUACACGCUGCCCAUCAUAGACCGUAAAGGUUUACCAAGCUCCAAAAUGAUCCCUCGGUAACUUGAGUGUGGUGAAACAUAACACCUCAUGCAGCUGCUUUUUGCUCUGGUUGUCCACCUGUGACUGUCAUGACUCGUGCGUAAUGCUUUCGCCACUACUUCAGAUUUAAACAUUUUUUUUUAUAAUAAAUAAAGAUGAACGCUAUCACCUGGUUGUCGUGAUGACAUGAACUAUGUUUGAGAAGUGUAAUGUGGAGUUUUUUAAAUUCCUACAACUGUCACAACACUACCCAUCACCUGUUAAUUUCGUUGGCGAACAAAACGCUUCUCUUUCCAAGACACCGGGCAACAGAGAGACGGGGACAGGGGGCAAAUGAAUCUUAGACACUUUCAAGGACUCCCAGCUUCAAGUGGGAUUAUAUUAUGAAAAAGGAGCGUGCAGUGUUUUCUGCUCUGCCUGUAAAUCAAUUGCUUUUCCACUUGAAGUAGUAAGAGACUGACUUCAAGUGACUAUUGAUCAACUCCACAGAACAUCUUCAAUCCUGUGCCAUCCU